CAUUUAAAGGCUACGUAAGGUAAUAAAUAUGUCAUACAUUUGCUUAAAUACUGUUAUUACUGUUUUCUUUUAUGUGUUAACAAGUUUUUGCACUGGAUAUAAUAUUCAUUACACUGGACAUAAUGGCAACCAUGCAAAGUUUCAUCAAAACUUAAAGCAUUUAUUCGGAAGAAGUACAAGAAGCUCACCUGGCAAUAUUUGUUGUGCGUAUGGGCAAUGGGAAGCAAAUGCAUAUAUAAUUGCAAGUACAAAAUUGACUAGCGAGAAUAAUACAUUUAUUGUUUAUUACAAUGGAACUGGGAAAAUUGCCUUCGACGAAACAAAUCAAAAAUCUUACAUUAGUUUUAAUGUAACAGAAUUUGUUCCAGGAUCAACGAAAUAUGACUAUAAGACAUCAACGGAUAUUAAAGACUUUGCAACAGGCACUACAUAUGAAAUAAAUGGCGAUAGUUGUUUGAAACUGGCAAAUUCAGCGAACAUGCAAAUAGUUUGUGUUCCCGGGAAUGCAACAAUGAUGUCGAAAGGUUUGUUUGAUGGCGUAGACGUAACAACAUACCAGAUCAAGUACAGUACCCCACCAUUGGAGAUUCUCACAACACCAACAGUUCGACAAAACGGUAAGGACUGUGAGACAAUAAUGUUCUCCUAUGCAAUGUUCGUAGAUGAUCCGGCUGUAUCACCUUUACUAGUGUAUGAUGUUGAUGUCGUAGAUAUCACUCCGGGAAUAAAAGAUCCAUCUAUAUUUGUGCCCCCAGCAGAUUGCAACUAGAUUAGCAUUUAUAUGACGUUUCUCCUCACCUACUCACUCUUGUAUCACUCUGAUAAUCAAGAGAAUAGGCCAGUAUCAUUAAUGAUAUGAAAGACGUUUCACUAAUUGUUUGUCCUUCAAGGUCUUUCAACAUUUCUCUCUUAAUUUGACACUUUUUAGUAACACAUAUUUAAUGAAUUUAAAUAAAAGCACAAACACAGCGGGGUAAACGAAUUGUGUCUGGUUCAGCUGUUGCGCAUUUACCCCUUUUCAGUUUCAACUGAAAAUGUAAUUAAAACUACUUUAAAGAAUUUUCAGUUACAUACAUAUUGCGAUAUGAAGUUCGUAUAAAUAUAGAAUUUACAAUGAUACACAUGUAUAUAAAAAAAUACAUAAUGAUUUUUAAAAAGUGCUUCGCUUAAUUACUUUCUGAUUUAUAAAUUAUUUACUAUAAGUCUAUAGAAAUAUAUUUGUUUUUUUGUUAAAAUGGAACAAACAACCCAUUUAUCUAAAAAGGCAAUUGCAAUGGAUAUAAUAUUGUUUAGAAUUGUAAGAAAGCAGUAUUAUUAAUGAGCCAAAAUAGACAAAAGGACACAUCUUUAAAAUGUGUUGUUGUAGCUUUUUGAUUGCCCGUUUUAUCCCAUUGCUUCAUAUAUACGUGUUCUUUUCACGCCUUUUCACCCCUCCCCCUUUUCUGAGGCAUCAAAUGUUGAUAAAAAUGCCAUAUUUAGAGCCACAACACUUGUUUUCGUUUAAGAAAUUGUUGUUUAAAAAAGUGAUCACUGUCGGCGCCGUGCCCUAUCAAAUACACACAUCAGGGGGUGCAAGAGGGGGAUGUGUCCCCUUCAGCUUAGGGAUUUGAAGGGUCUAACAGCCCCCCCCCCCACCACCUCAUCGCCAAGAAGUUUUGGACUUGUGAGAGGUUAAAAUUGGCCUCAGGUCGAUCAGAAGGUAACAUGUAACCAAAGCAGAAAAGCUUUUGUUCGACACUUUGAAAUCAGUUUUGAUGGAAACAAUCAACGUAAAAUAGUGAUUUUUGGCAAUUUUGAGAUGUCCCCUCGUUGCCAUGAUAACAGAAAAUUAAAGAUUGAGCAUGCCGUUACAACGGCUAUGGUCCAGUCAGUCAACAUUUGUGCAAAGUUUGAUAAAUAUUGAAGCAUCUUUUUAAGUUUCGUAGCAAUUUGAACUUGUAACAGGAGGCUUUCCAAUGAAAACAGCCAUUUUUCACAAAAUGCCCAUCCAGUAAUGAGUUAAAGUAAAGACACUUUCAGGCAAAUUAAGUAUUUCGGAGAUUAAACAUAUAGAGUAGACACGUAUAACACACACAUACACACAACUCAAUAUAAUCUCCAUUUGUUGGUGAUAUGUAUAAAUAGAGAGAAAUAAAGAUUCCCUAACGAACGUUCAAAACGACAUAAUUGAAAUAUUGCAGGAUCGUUUUGAUUAAGCGUUAGAUAAAAAAGAAUUCAAAAAGUACAAAAGCUGUUUUUGUUUACUGAUAUUUCAUUUCGUCAAAGUAAACACAUACUUCAUUACCUAUCGCUUAAUAAUGGUGAUAAAACUUACCACACGUAUGAAAACUUAUAAAUGACACAUCUUAGUAACAUUUAUAUAAUAGCAUAAACAAUGUGAAAAUAUGUCUAACUGUUUAAUAUUGCAAGUUCUGUUUGCAAGUUCGAUCAAUUUUUCUGCUGGAUACAAUAUUAACUUUACUAAACAAUUUACGGAUUAUACAAAGUUUCAUCAAAACUUGAAACAAUUAUUCGGAGAAAGUAAAAGAAGCCCGCUUGGCAACAUUUGUUGUGCUAAUGGACGAUGGGAAGCCAAAGUUUUUAUCAUCGCUAGUGCCAAGUUGACAAUAGAAAACAAAACUACGAUUGUGUACUAUAAUGGAACUGGAAAAAUCGCUUUCGAUGAAACAAACAAAAAGUCUUACAUCCAUGUAAAUGUUACAUUAUCAACGCCAGGAUCAUCAACACAUGAAUAUAGGACAUCAACGUUUAUCAAAGACUUUGCAACAGUAUGUACUUUCUAAUCGAGUCUCAACGUGAUGGGUUGUUUUUCAAUCACACAUUAUACAUAUAUCUUAUACGAAGCCUUUAUUUUACCUCUUAUUCUUAUUGUUUUCACAAUUCUCAAAAGCAGCAUUUUUAAUGUUAUCAAAACCAUAAAUAAUUACGAAUAAUUACGAGAAUUAAUCUUUAUUUAAUAAAUUAAACAAAGUUCAAAGUUCAAAUUUUAUUUGCAAAUCGGCAAAUCCUUGCCUUUGGCAAUACAUACAAAACAUAUACAUACAUAGAUCUUGAAAUAUAGCACACAUAACUACAAGAUACAUAUAUAAACAUUUCAAAUAUCAGUAUUCGUUUUGAAAUUAACAAAUAACAAAGUAGUGUUAAUAAUAUAUCAUUAAUUUCGUCUAUUUAUCAUUUGUUCCAUGGUAUUAGAUCGUAAAUCAAAAGCUUUGUCCAAGUACUUACUUAUCAGUAAUAAUCUAUGUUUAUUAUUAGAUGACAUGAUAUAAUAAAACUUAUUCAGUGUGGGAAAAGAAACAAACAUUUUUUCAGGGAACUAUAUAUGACAUAGAUGGCGACAAUUGUAUGAAGCAGCCAAACUCUGCGGAUAUGCAAAUAGUUUGUGUCCCCGGUACAAUAGUCAAUAUUAUUAUGUUGUCAAAUUUGUCUUUGAUGUACACAAUCAACAGAUUUCAUUAUGACUUUUGUUAUCAUUAAUUUGCUGUAAAAAUACUUGUUGAGUUUGAAUCAUUAUAAAAUAAGCUGUAAAGUUACAAAGAAGACAAACUGUAUUAAAAAAUGCAAAAUAAAUACACUAUGAAUCAAAGUCAGACAAACAUUUACAAAUGUAACGUGACAUUUCUUGUUGUUAUUUUAUUCAACCCCGUUUAUAAUUGUAAUUUGAUUUUUGGAAACGUUUGCAGAGAAUGCGUCAAUGGUGUUAAAGGGUUUGUUGAAUGGCCUUGACGUGACAACAUACCAGUUUUCUGGAAGUCCAGCGCCGUUGGAGAUUUUGACUACACCAACAGUUUGGAAAAUCGGUAACAAGUUUAAUCACAUACUUGUGCAUGUUGUACGACUCCGUUAGAAAUCUGCGUAAUUUUUUAAUAGAGUCUUGUUACAUAAUAGUUGCAUCAAUGCAAAAUGAAUCUUUUGACUGCAAAUUGGUUCUAAUUUAGGCAUGUGAUAAACAGUAUAUUAUAUUUGUAUCAAUACAUUACUAAAUUAAUUGAACUUGUUGAAAAACCUUCUCUCAUUAAAUAAUGUCAACUGUAAACUAUAGCGUUUUGUACAGUAAACUACUAAACAUAUAUAUCCCGUCACAUCGACAAAAAGAUAAACUAUAUUUUAAUGCAUACUGAAAGGUCGAGAAAAAGAAUAAAACAUUUACUAAUAUCCCGCCAGGUCUGACUUUAUUGCAUCCGAACGGCUGGAAGAACAUCACACUGUACGUGUAUUUGACAUAUCUAUUAUAUUUCUAUAAGUUGUCGACAGUAUAAUUAUUUUACAAUUUCACCCAUGCAUUCAUUACAAAUUUGUGCAUGAUUCCGAUGCUUAAUUUGUUCGUACUUUUUCUUAAAUUUC